AUGGCAGCUUCAGAUCUAUCUAUAAGCUUAUUAUUAUUCACUGCCGCCAUUAUUUUCUCCAACUUGGCUUCUCUUGCAUCUUCAUCUUCCUCCAUUUGUGACCUCACACCAUAUCCACCCUUCUGCAAAUCCAAUUCACCUUCCAAAGGCCGCAGUGACAUACAUAGCUAUGGUCGAUUUUUCGCACGCAAAUCCCUCUUAUCAUCUACUAAGUUUCGCUCAUUAGUCUCUAAGUAUCUCAAACCUCGUUCCAAAAACAAAUUAUCUAGGUCCAUGCUUCUUGCCCUUCAAGAUUGCUACCUUCUAAGUGACUUCAACGUAGAUUUCUGGACCAACACUCUCAACGCCAUAAAUUCCACUAACACACUCAGUAGCUCAGAGGAUGAAAAUUAUUUGCAUAGCAUGAUUAGUGCUACUUUAACCAACCACGACACCUGCUUAGAUAGCCUCCAACAAGCCACAACCACACACACUGAUGAAUUACUCAUCAGCAAUAUCUCCAAUGGGACCAAGUUUUAUAGCAUAUCCCUUGCAUUUUUCAAGCAAGGUUGGGGAACCAACAAAAACACACACAACAGAAAAUUAACAGAGGAGAUAGUAAAGAGAAGUAACAUUCAUCGCAUGUGGGAACAGAGGCUGUAUGAGAUAACAAAAAGAAGAGGAAGAAAACUGCUUCAGUUAGAUCCUGAGGCGAAUGUUGUUGUGAGCCAAAUGGUGGUGGUGAACCCAGAUGGCUCUGGAGACUACACAACUAUUAAUGAUGCAGUGAAUGCAGCACCAAACAACACCCUUGGUAUCAAUGGCUUUUUUGUAAUUUAUGUGGUUGCAGGGGUGUAUGAAGAAUAUGUUUCCAUUCCAAAAACCAAACAGUAUUUGAUGAUGAUAGGUGAUGGUAUUAACCGGACUAUAAUCACCGGAAAUCGAAGCGUCACUGAUGGCUGGACAACCUUCAACUCUGCCACGUUUGCUGUGGUUGCAAAAGGCUUUGUGGCGGUGAACAUGACAUUUCGGAACACAGCCGGAGGAAUAAACCACCAAGCAGUGGCGCUUCGGAGCGGUGCAGAUCUGUCUGCAUUUUAUAGCUGUAGCUUUGAAGGGUACCAAGACACACUGUACACGCAUUCUAUGAGGCAAUUCUACAGAAACUGCGACAUUUAUGGCACUGUGGACUUCAUAUUUGGCAAUGCAGCGGUUGUCUUCCAAGAUUGUAACAUCUACCCAAGACUACCAAUGAGUAAUCAAUUCAAUGCAAUCACUGCACAGGGCAGAACUGAUGUGAAUCAAAACACUGGAAUCUCCAUACACAAUUGCACCAUAACGGCCGCAGCCGAUUUAGCUGCUAGUAACGGCACCACAAAAACGUACCUAGGGAGGCCAUGGAAACUCUAUUCAAGAACAGUUUACAUGCAAUCUUUCAUGGAUAGCUUGAUCGAUCCAGCGGGUUGGGUUGCUUGGUCUGGGGACUUUGCCUUAGACACCCUUUAUUAUGCUGAAUAUGAUAACUGGGGAGCCGGAUCAAAUACCAGUAGCAGGGUUACUUGGGCAGGUUACGAUGUGCUUUUGGACAGCAUAGGUGCAAUUAAUUUUACAGUCUCCAAUUUCAUAUUUGGUGAUGUUUGGCUUCCCGCCACUGGAGUACCUUAUUUAGCUAGUUUAUACUGA